AUGUAUACGUGAACUUCAUGACGUAGUCGCGAUUGGCUGGGGAGUCGUUUGCUCAUUGGUAGUCACUAGUACCAUAGGCUUUCUAUCAUGCUGGGUCUACAAACUGCGCAAGGAGAACAAACGCCUGAAGAAGAAUGACUACUCAUUAGACAAUCGCACUCAUAUAAUGGUUGACAUGAAUGCUUCUGACAUUCAAAGUCAAAGUGUCGAAUACGAAGAAGUUCAACCGAUCUUCGACACAGGCUCCCAGGUCCAUGAAAACGACGUGCAAAAUCUCAACACACGUGUGAGAGAGUACCCAAUGGAAGUAAUUGACAUUGGGGCGACACUAGGCGCAGGAGAAUUCGGAGUUGUUAAGCUAGUGAACGUGAGCGACCCAAGAUAUGCCCCAUUUACGGCCGCUGCAAAGAUCUUAAUGGAUAAUGCGUCCGAUGACGACCAUCAGUCUUUACUCCGUGAACUUGAUCUGAUGAAGCAGCUACCAAGACACGACAAUGUUAUAGAACUUCUGGGUUUCUCAAAAUACAAUGAGCACACGAUGAUACUUGUUGAACAUUUAGCCCUGGGUGACCUACACAGCUACUUGAGGGCCAACAAAGCAAAGUACAUUCGGGCCGACAUGCUGGAUACUAGCAAGGAAUUUCUGCAGUUUGGGCUGCAGAUUGCCAAAGGAAUGAAUCACAUUUCGAUAAAUAAAUUCCUGCAUCGUGACCUUGCUACUAGGAACGUGUUGCUCAGUGCCAGUAAAAUUUGCAAGAUCUCGGACUUUGGACUUUCCAGAGAUGUUGGUGAAAAAGAUCUCUACAGCAGAAAGUCACAAGGCCGUCUACCCAUACGAUGGAUGUCUCCCGAGGCUCUUUUUCACAAUAUCUACACAACAAAGAAUGAUGUCUGGGCCUAUGGGAUUCUCCUAUGGGAAAUAGUAACAUUUGGUUCAACUCCAUACUCUGGGAUGAAUGGCAAAGCGGUUAUGAGACUUGUCAAGUCGGGUAAAGUAAUGGACAGGCCACAACAUUGUAAAUCAGAGCUGUAUAAUGUGAUGGUAGAAUGUUGGAGCCAGGAUGCAGCUACUCGUCCACAAUUUUCCGACAUUGUAUCCAAGAUGGAAGGUAUCUUGGAACAAGAAACUCCAUAUUUGCGAAUGAGUGCUUUUAAAGAACAUCUUUAUGUUAAUGUCACCAAUACUAAAAGUCUCCAGGAAAAACUGUAAGACAUACUAACUAGGCUAGUUAAACGGUAGUGUAACCCUCUAACUUUGACGACGAAAUAACCCUGCAAUCCUUCAUAUUUGUGCGAAUAUAAAUAUCUCGAUUUCCCAAGGUGCUGUUUCUAUGUUCCUCUGUCUUGCAUCUGGAACCACGUGUCAUACUGUAGGAUAAAUGAGGUUUAGGUAAUGGAAGGUUUUGGAUUAACUUCUUGAAACCUGAUCUCCCCGAAGAUUAUAUACAAAGUAUUUUAGUGGUUCAUUCCAUGACAUUGCAGAUGACUUUUAAUAUAACAUCAGCAGCGUCAUUGUUGCUAUGGGCACCUCACAAAAUAUUAUUAAAUUAAAAAAGACAGUUGAUGAACGUAGAACUGGCCGUGCUUAGUAAUUGCCCUUGCAAGGAACUUUCUUCUUUGUACAUGGAUGAUAAAAAUGAGAGACAUUAAAGAAAGUUUGGCGAUAUAAGGGAAUAUGGUUAGGGUACCUUCUUACCAAGUGCAGACGUGAGCGAGAUAAAUUAUUCUUAUACUCCAACGUAUUUAACAAGGUUUAUUAGGCUUAUAAGUUAAGUCAUUUAUACUUAGACAAAUUUGUGCACAUUUUUGUGUUUUUUUAUUAACAAACCAUUGCCCAUCCGCAAUAUGUUGGAAAAUCUUUAGAAAGAUUCACAAAUCCAAGUAUUCCCCGAAAUAUUUGUUGUAUAAUGUUCAACUUCUGCAUGAUGUUUCUGUAUCCUGCUGUUCAAGAGAGAAUCAGAUCUCGCGAGCAGGCCAACAAAAAAUAUGUUUCAAUUUUAAAAUAUUUGUGGCUCAUGAUAUUCCUUGUCAUGUGUUUUUUCUAAAAAUCCCAAAAGCAAACACUUUAUUUCAGGAAAACUUAACAUUUUUACAAUAAUGUAUCAUUUUUCUAUUAGAAUGGUUACUUAUUAUUCGGAAGAAUUUAAACAUUUUCACCCAUUUUUGCACUUUGAAUCCAUGA